GGGACGACACACGUGGCACCCAACCCAGGAACGCAUCGAGAAUGCAGUUACGCGCCACCACUGACCACUGCCCAUGGCGAUAAGGCUAUUACCACGAGGAAGUGGGAGAACAGCUCGUCGUCUCCUGCCAAUCCACCGGCGGCGCGCAUGGCCGCCUUGCUCCACGUAGCGGCUCUCCAGCCCGCCCCUUACCCUCAUCACCAACGGAUGCACAGCCCAUCCACCACUUCCAUCCUUUCCCCGCCUCACGCCGCACCGUCCAAGCGACGACGAGCCACAGCCCGGCGGCCACACGCAGCCGGCAACGGCAGCGGCGUCGGCACACCAGCCGCGGACAGCACAAGCAACAAGAAGCCGAGCCGCAAGGAGAAGCAGCGGCAGCAGCAGCGGGUGCGCGAGCGGGAGGAGCAGCAGCAGCUGCUGCUCCUGAAGGAGUCGCUCGUGGAGCCCGCCCGCGAGGAGGAGGACGGCGGCGGCCGCGGCGACGACGAGCUGCCGCAGGUGGUGUUCGACCGCAUCCUCCGGCGGAUCCUGUUCACGGUGGGCGUCCCGAUGGCGUCGGGCGUGGCGCUCCUCAACGUGUACGACGCGCUCAAGCGCGGGGGCGGGGCCGAGGUGCCGUCGUGGGUGCAGCUGCUCACCAUCCUCCUCUCCUUCGGCACGUCGGCGCUCGGCAUCGCCUACGGGACGCUGUCGGCGAGCUGGGACCCGGAGAAGGAAGGCUCGCUGCUCGGCGUCGACGAGGCCCGGACCAACUGGCCGGAGCUGUGGAAGGAGGAGAUCGACAAGGAUAACAAGUAGUAACUGUAAAUAGACUAGAUAUUUUCUCCACUGGAAAUAGCAGUACGCUUGUUGUCGACACUUGAUACUCGUACAGGCUACAGCAGUGAAACUAUGAAACAAUUCGCAGUGGCUA